UGCUGUGCACCGGGAACCGGAGCCCGGCAGCGGCCCCACGGCGUGCUGUGCACCGGCAGCACCGGGAACGGGAGCCCGGCAGAGGCCCCGCCGCGUCCUGUGCACCGGGAACGGGAGCCCGGCAGCGGCCCCGCCGCGUCCUGUGCACCGGGAACCGGAGCCCGGCAGCGGCCCCACGGCGUCCUGUGCACCGGGAACCGGAGCCCGGCAGCGGCCCCGCCGCGUCCCUCGCUCCGGCAGCGGCGGGGGCACGGGGUGAGGCGGGAGCAGCUCGGCACACGCGGCUGCCGGGGCUGGGCUCCCCGAAGUGUGCCCGAGGAGCUGCAGCGGCCAGCGGGAGAGGUACUCUGUGACGAGCGGGCUGGAGAGCACCCGCAGCCGAGCCAAAGGGGCGGAUUUCAGCCCGGAGGCGGGUCCGGUUCCCAGCGACGGCCCGUGGGCACGAGUUCCAUGAGAGAAAACCUGCCAGCCAUGACAGCGUAGGCAGGCGGCCGGACAUGGAGCGCUUCACGGAGUGCGGGACCCAGACGGACGCGGUGGUGGUGCUGUCCUUGGCCCAGGCCGCCGUUCUGGGUUUGGUGUCCGACAAUGAGCUGCUCGGGGCCACCGUCAGCCCUGACGGCUUCUUCCCGGGGCUGGGAGGGGACCCUCCAGACGCCGCCAGCGCGGAGCCCGAGGGCGAGUGCCGGCUGGAGGGGGACGGGCAGGCGCCGGGCGACGGGCAGGAGGAAGACGCCUUGGAGGCAGAGUCCUCCCUGGAGAAGCACGCCCGGAGGAGAAAGCGGCCUCCCGUGAGGCUGGUGCCCAAGGUCAAGUGUGAGAAGGCGGAGGACGAGGUGCUGUACGAGGUGCCCGUCCCUGGCGAUGAGGAGGGCGAGAAGCAGCAGCAGGGCCGCCCGCCCCCCGGCCAGGACCCUGACCAGGAGCAGAUGGUGCAGAGCAGCGCCGUGAAGAUGAUCGACCUCGGUGCCUUCGGCAGGAAGCCCCGGCGCCUGCGGCACCUGCGCCGCCACACGUGCCCGGAGCCCGAGGACCCUGACCCAUCCGUGCUGGCGGCCGGCGGCACCGCGGGGGCCCUGCAGACUGAGUGCGCCCUGGAGGCAGGCGCCCCAUCCCCCGGCGAGGAGGAGCCCCCCGCACCGGCGUCCCCUGAGGUGGUGAAGAGCGAGCGGGGCUUGGCGUGGCAGGAGCCGGGGGAGCUGGAGGGGGAGGCGGGGGGCGGCAGCAGCGAGCACAGCAAGAAGGCGCAGCUGGACCGGCUGGACAUCAACGUGCAGAUCGACGACUCGUACCUGGUGGAGGCCGGGGACCGGCAGAAGCGCUGGCAGUGCCGCAUGUGCGAGAAGUCCUACACGUCCAAGUACAACCUGGUGACGCACAUCCUGGGCCACAACGGCAUCAAGCCCCACUCCUGCCCGCACUGCAACAAGCUCUUCAAGCAGCCCAGCCACCUGCAGACCCACCUGCUGACGCACCAGGGCACGCGGCCCCACAAGUGCGAGGUGUGCAGCAAGGCCUUCACGCAGACCAGCCACCUGAAGCGGCACAUGCUGCUGCACACCGACAUCAAGCCCUACAGCUGCCGCUUCUGCGGCCGCGGCUUCGCCUACCCCAGCGAGCUGAAGGCGCACGAGGUGAAGCACGAGAGCGGCCGCUGCCACGUGUGCGUGGAGUGUGGGCUGGACUUCUCCACGCUCACCCAGCUCAAGCGGCACCUCUCCACGCACCAGGGCCCCACGCUCUACCAGUGCCUGGAGUGCAGCAAGUCCUUCCACUACCGCAGCCAGCUGCAGAACCACAUGCUGAAGCACCAGAACGUCCGGCCCUUUGUCUGCACCGAGUGCGGGAUGGAGUUCAGCCAGAUCCACCACCUCAAGCAGCACUCCCUCACGCACAAGGGCGUGAAGGAGUUCAAGUGCGAGGUGUGCGGGCGGGAGUUCACGCUGCAGGCCAACAUGAAGCGGCACAUGCUGAUCCACACCAGCGUCCGUCCCUACCAGUGUCACAUCUGCUUCAAGACCUUUGUGCAGAAGCAGACACUGAAGACCCACAUGAUUGUGCAUUCACCAGUGAAGCCGUUCAAGUGCAAGGUCUGCGGGAAGUCCUUCAACCGCAUGUACAACCUGCUGGGUCACAUGCACCUGCACGCCGGCAGCAAGCCCUUCAAGUGUCCCUACUGCUCCAGCAAGUUCAACCUGAAGGGCAACCUCAGCCGGCACAUGAAGGUGAAGCACGGGGUGAUGGACAUCAGCCUGGACAGCCAAGAUUCCAUGAUGGACCUGGCUGGGGCUGACCACGCCGAGCUGGAUGGGCAGCAGGAGAUGGAUGACUUCGAGGAGGAGAACUCUUACGGCUACGGGGAGGUGGGCAACCCUCCGGAUGAGCACGCCCUGACCGAGCAGGCCAUGAAAGAGAUGGCAUACUACAACAUGUUGUAGCCCAGGCUGGAGGACGCUGCCGUGGCCUGUGUGGACUUGGUGUGGUAAGAGGAGGUGCUGCCGGUGGGCUGUGGCACCCGGCCGGACCCAUGGGACCACCCUGGGAGAGGGGGGCUCCAGCUGAGCUCAGUGAAGGAGAAAACAGGGAUGGCCAAAAGCCUUUGCCGGGAGGGAGGCAGGAGUGGGAGCCAGAGGUGGCACAGGGCAGCGGUCGCUGGUGCAGCUGCCAGAGCCUCGGUGGAGCUCUCGCCACCGCUGGGGCGCUUCCUCGUUGCUGUGCACUGGCUGCCGCAGCAGCCCUGCCCGGUGCUGGCCUCCCUCGCUCCGCUCCUGCCCGUCCUGCCGUGGGGCCCAGCGGGCCCCUGCCCCGGCCGCCCUCGAAGCUGCAGGCGGGAGAAGGGCUGUCCCAGAAGCUGCUGAGUGUUACUCAUUACUCUACCUCCUGGGUCCUGCCCCACGCCGUGCCGGGGCUGCAGCCCAGCCAGGCCCUGCCCCCUCCACCCGGUGGGGCAGAAGCCCCCUGCCCGCAGGAGGGGGUGGGUUUGCACCCCUCGCUCUCGCCAGACAGCCGGGAGCCGUCCCGCUCGCUGCGGCACUGCCCGCGAGGCGGCACGGGCAGAGCUGCGGCGACCUCUGCCAGGCCCCGGCGCACAGCCAAAACAGAGUAUUUUCGUACAGCCUCACGGCAGAGCUCGGCGGCGGCUCAGGGCAGGAGCGGCUGCAGCGAGCGCUGUGUUUAAAGGAAGGCCAAGCCCUGUCCAACGUGAGCAAAUGAUGGUAUUUUGAAAGUAAUUUAUUUUUCUCAGACGUGCCGCGUGCUUGGAUUUAUCUUUUCACUGAGUUCAGUUUCCUUCAACCAAUGUGCUUUGUAAA